AUGAUUUCAUCAACAACAAGAAAUAUAAUAUCAAGAUUGACAGUAAACACAAACUAUCAAUAUUCAUUUAGAUCAAUAGUAUAUAGUAAGAGUAUAGUCAUCAGAGAUUCAUCAUCAUCACAACAAUCAUUACAACACCGUUCAUCAUCCUCAUUUUCAUACAACCAACUAAAUAGAUUCAAUAAUAAUAAUACUUUAAAUUAUAUUAAACGUUACUAUUCAAGUGAAGAAUUACCAUUACCAAUAUAUCAUACUAUUGUAGAUGAUGAAUUAGAGUUAUUUUCAGAUAGAAUAGAGGUAUUAAUUCAAUCGUUUGAAGAUAAAGGUGCUGAUGUUGAAACUUCAGAUGGAGUAUUAACAAUUAAUUUAGGAAAAAAUGGUACAUAUGUAAUUAAUAAACAAACACCGAACCGUCAGAUAUGGUGGUCAUCACCUAUUAGUGGACCAAAACGAUUCAACUAUGACACAAUAUCAAAGCAAUGGAUAGAUAACAUCGAUGGUACACCUCUAAGAAAUCUUCUUCAAUCUGAAAUCAAGACUUUAUGUAAAUAUGAUUUGAAUCUUGAUAAUUAG